AUGUCGAAAGGAAACAAGUACACGAUUCCACGUCGUAGGAUCUCCAAUAAUCGUUCAGCGUAUACUGCCCCAGGAAUUACCCCUACCCCACCAGGUAGAAAUCCAGGCAUCGUCUUCGUUCCAGCUGGUGCUAGUGCUGUUCAGACGUAUCUUCAGCCAAGUGAAACAAGCACUCCCGUACAGGGUUCAUCUGCUGCUAACAAAGACGUACCUAAAGCAUCUAUCAGAAUGAUUCUAAAGCGUUCGAAUUCUCCUUCCUCCAAACCAGCGGAAAUCUCUACACGCGGGUCAUCAGGGGAUAUAUUGCUACAGGAUAUUAUGAAGGAGAUGCAUACUCACUCGCUGGAGCAGAAUGAAACACCCCAUGUGUCUCCGGAUCUUUCGGUUCCAUUGAACCAUGACAUUUCUUUUCAUCCUUUUGAGUCCAAGCUCUGGGUCAAUUUUUACAAGGCUCCGCCUCUACCAGCCGAAGAUGAGAAGUGGCCAGAUUUUAGAACCAGGAACAAUGCUAUGCUAAAUGCACCAAUUCUAGCAAGGUCUGACAUGUUACCUGAUCAAUUGUUCGAGCAUAUGAACCCAAAGGGUCCCACACAUGCACCAGUCAAGGUCGAAACCCAAGUAAAGCAUGCUGCACCCGUCAGAUCGUUUAGAAUGCAGCCGCUUGUAAACCCACUACUGCAAAAGCCUUCCCGUGUGUCACCAAAAAAGUCCAGCGAAGUGCGGGGUAGUGCCCAAGCUUGGAAACCCCCACCAGCGUUUGUCCCAGGCGUACCAUUCCAGGCAGUCACCACCAAUCCUACGACAACCCAGGAAAAGCUUUCUACUCCUCAACUCGGCAGAGAAGUUGGAAAUAGCACAGCAGGCUCCAUACAUAUCGCUGAUAUCGAUCCAGCUAUAUGGCGUGCAAAGUCUUCUUCUACUCAGGCAGCUCCCAUGGAGCCUUACCCUGAGAGCCACUCCAAUCCACCAGCUCCAAAGCAUUCUAGGAGCGGUGUGAGAAACCGGCCCGCGGCAACCCCAGAUGUUUCUGUACCGAUGCGAGGUAUCCCAUCAAUGCCGAUGAUGGGGCCUGACGAUCAAAACUUCCAGAUUGAGCCGCGCGUCUCCGCGAACCCCAACUGGACGUCGGGUUACUAUCCACCACUUUUCCAGCAGCAAGGGGUGGUGAGAAAUAGCCCUGAACAAUACUUGCAUCCCGCCAAUCUAAUUGGUUCAUCCCCAAAUACAUCAAGAAACAGAUCAGCCUCCAAUGCCGCUCCAGUCCUCCUCACCUCUACUCGUGGCGUCUACAUUCGAGGUUUGCCAGCCAAUAUCACUCGAAGCCAGCUCUGUGCCAAUAUUCGAGGUGGUGCUAUCGAACGCUUCACCCUCCUCACUGUAGACGAUAAGCUUGACGCUGCAGUCUUCUUCAUUACGACUGAAGCUGCUAAGGCUUACAAGCAGUUUACCAAUGGCGUCGGGGGAAUUUGGUGGAACCCCAAGGACCAUCACAACUCCUUUCCUUCUUUCACUGCAUUUAUCGGCCCUGAAUGCUGCGGCUACGACAGGCUCUCCGACUCUGUCAGAAAGGCAGUGGAUAACGAAAACGCAACCAGAUGCGUUGUUGCUUUUGGGAUCCCUGAGAUUUUGAGCAUCGAGGGCAUCAUCCAACGUUUGCAAAGAGCUAUCCAUCCACACAAGGUCGAGAUCGAAUCGUUCACCGAUACCACGGCUGUGGUUGGACCUGGUGGGCCCGAGCAUAAGAGGAUGACGAUUAUCAGGUUCACAAGCAUCACGAUGGCCUUGAGGGCAAGGAGGUACUUUAAGGAGACGUCUAUGUUCCAAGGCAUGACAGUGCAUUUUGCCCCAGAUGAGUGUGCUGGGCCAUUGAGCGAACUCUCCGUGAAGUGGAACAAGGAGCUCCAUACGUCAAACUUGAUGCGUCCAUCAAGACGCAACUUACACGGAGAAUUCGCUGUUGGGAUGAACGAGCUGGCUAGUCGGAUGGAUGGAGCCGGAGGAAGAAAAAAAAGAGCCUAA